AUGAAGAUCGCCUAUUUUGACUGUUUUUCGGGAAUCAGCGGCGAUAUGACGCUAGGGGCGCUGGUGGAUGCCGGUGUGGACUUGGCGGUCAUCCGCGAGGAAUUGGCCAAGCUGCCGGUGACGGGAUACCGGCUGGAGGCACGCGUCGUCAAGCGCGGCGGCCUACGGGGCACCAAGGUGGACGUGGUCGUGGACGAGGCGGUGCAGCCGGCGCGGCGCUAUACCGACAUUGCGGCGAUGAUUUCCGAAAGCGAACUGGAGCCCGAGGUGCGGGACCGGGCGCUCGCAAUUUUUCGCCGCCUGGGAGAGGUGGAGGCGCAUCUGCACGACGAGCCGCUGGACGCGAUUCACUUCCACGAGGUGGGGGCGGUGGAUUCGAUUAUCGACGUAGUGGGCGCGGCCAUCGGCGUGCACGCCCUGGACCUUGAGGGCGCGGUGGCCUCGCCGGUCAACGUCGGCCACGGCGCGGUGCACACCUCGCACGGCCUGCUGCCGGUCCCCGCCCCGGCCACCUUGGCCCUGCUCAAGGGGUAUUCGGCCUACGCCGGCGACACCCGGAUGGAGUUGACCACCCCCACCGGCGCGGCGAUUCUCACCACCCUCGCCGACCGCUUCGGACCAUUGCCGCGCAUGACCAUCGACCGCAUCGGCUACGGCGCCGGCAACCGUGAUUUUCCCACAGGCCCCAACCUGCUGCGCCUUGUCGUCGGCGAGGUACAGGCCGACACCGCGCCGGACCACGCUCACCACCAUCAUCAUGGCCACGAGCAUCACCACCACGAGCACCAUCAAGGCUGA